AUGCAAAGUAAUCUUAUUUUCGAAAAAUCGAAUAACUAUCCAGGUCCCAAUAUGAAAAUUAAUAUAUUGAAUUCAGAUACAUCGAUAAAAUAUUCUAUUUUAAACAAAUAUCGAUUUAAGAGGCAAGUAACAAUUUAUUCUCCUCUAAUAGAUAUGAAACUAUUUUCCGUUGAUAUUGUUAUUUUAAUGUAUAAUAAAAAUAAAUGUCGAUAUGAAGGACAAUAUAUAAAUGGUAAAAGACAUGGUGAAGGUCGAUGUACAUAUAAAAGAUCAGAAGGUAUCACUUGGAUUGGUCAAUGGUUCAAUGAUAUGUGGUAUAUGGGUAUUUUAACAUGGAAAUCAGGUAAUACAUUUAUGGGUAGAUGGAAUUAUUAUGAUGAAACAAAAAGUAUGAUUACAUGUGAAAAUGGUGAUGUUUAUGAUGGAGAAUGGAAUGAUGGUGGAAUUGCUCACGGUUUUGGUCAAUGUCAAUAUGAAGAUGGAUGUCGGUAUAUAGGAAUGUGGAAACAUGGUAAACGACAUGGAUAUGGUAAAAUUAUAUAUCCAGAUGGAAUACAAUUUGAAGGUAAAUGGAAAGAUGAAGAUAUGUUUUUAAAUGGAGUAAAUAUAUCAAAUAUAAUAAAUAAUAUAAAACAAUUAAAUAAAGAAACAAAAUAUCGAUAUCAAAUAUUAAAUGAUUUUAAAAAAUUUAUUCAAACAAAUAUAUGUGAACGAUGUCGUUAUCCAUGGCAAUCAAAACAACUUUGUACUACUCUUGAAAUAAUUUUAACUAAUGUAUCACCAAAACAAAUAAAUCCAUUUAUAAAUGAUUUAAUUUAUUAUAAAAAAAAUAAAUGGAAUAUUUUAAUUAUUGCAUCUAUUAAAGGUUAUUAUAAUGUAAUUAAUAUAUUAUUAAAACGUUUUAAUAUUAAUAUUGAAUUAGAAGGUGUUGUUAAAUAUGAUAAUGAAAUUAUUAAUGGAGUAACAGCUUUAUGGUGUGCAACAGCAUCUGGACAUUUAAAUAUUGUUCAACUAUUGAUUUGUUAUGGUGCAAAUGUUAGACAUCAUAUUAAAACAAAAUCAACACCAUUGAGAGUUGCUUGUUUUGAUGGUCGUUUAGAAAUUGUUAAAUAUUUACUAGAAAAUAAUGCUGAUAUUAAUGUUGGUAAUUUUUUUAAUAAUACUUGUCUAAUGGUAUCAGCCUAUAAAGGUCAUGUGAAAAUAUGUGAAUAUUUAUUAAAAAUGGGAGCAAAUGUAAAUCUUAUUGACGAUUCUAAAUGGACUGCUUUACAUUAUGCAUGUCAAAAAGGUCAUGUAGAAAUUGUUAAAUAUUUAAUUAAUUAUGGAGCAAUCAUGAUGAAAGAUAAUAUGGAAUUAACACCUUUAAUGAUUGCUGCUCUUGAACUAAAAGAUUUAGUCGUAGAAUAUUUUAUGAAUAAUUUAAAUCUAGAAUAUAUUGAAGCUUUAGAAUUAUUAGCCAUAUCUUAUUGUUGUCAUGAUGAUCUUGAAAAAACAUAUAAUUAUUUAUUAAAAUCACUUCAAUUAAGAUAUUUUGAUUUUACAAAACCAAUUUUAAAAAAUAUUUUACUUCCAUUAGAAGUAUAUGAAUAUCAUAUUGAAUCUCAAACAAUCGAUGAACUAAAUAAAAUUCAUUCUAAUUCUAAUGCAUUAUAUUUAGAAAUAUUAGUUAUCUGUGAAAGAUUAUUAGGUGUAACUAGUAGUACUACACUUGACUCUAUUCUAUAUAUAGGCUAUGUAUACCGUAGAGAAAAGAAGUAUGAUCGAUGUAUAGCAUUAUGGUUAAGAGCAUUAAAUCUUAAAAAAAUGAAUGGUAAAUCGGUGAAUAGAGAUUUAAAAAGAUUUGUUAAAUUAUUCAAUGAAAUGAGAAUAUUUAAUGUAAAUAUAGAGAUUAAUAUAUUUGUAGAAAUUUUUCAGAAUAUCAUUGAGGAAUUAAUUUCUGAACAGAAAAACAACAAUGUUCAAAGUUGCUGGCUAAUUUUAUAUUUAAUUGUUAUCAUAUCAAAGGUAAUUAUACUAAAAACUCAAGAUGAACAACGUUUAAUUUCAAAAUUAAUUUAUCGUAUAAAUCGUUUGAAUUUUAAAGUAACCGGUACUGAUUUAACAAUUUUACAUUUAUGUGUAAAUUCCACUAUGCCUGAUAUGAUCAAAAAUAUUCAAUUUCCUUGCUCAUCAGCUGCCAAAUUAUUAAUGCAAAAUGGUGCUAAUAUCACUGCAUUUGAUUCAGAUAGAAAUACGCCACUACAUACUAUUGCUUGUUCCAAAUCAUUUAGUAAUGAUGUUUCUACAAUAAUAACAGAUCUGAUUGAACAUGGUGCGCACAUAGAUUUAGUGAAUUGUCGUGGUAAAACACCAUUUGAUUGUGCAAGAACAGAAAUUCAAAAUCUAUUAAAAAAUAAAGCUAAGUUGUCGUUAAAGUGUCUAACAGCUAAAUAUAUUACCAAAUUGAACAUAAACUAUCAUAACCUAUUGUCUAUGACACUAGUAGAUUUUAUUAAAAAUCAUUGA